UCUGUCUACUUAUAUGCCCAAAAAUCUACAUAUUCGGAUCAAUUUAAUCUCAAUUGAAUAAAACUCCAAAUAUUAUUCAAAUUUAAUUUUUAUGACACAUCCUUCAUCCCUGGCGUGCAUUUAGUACAGGAUUAUUCCUGUCCUGACUGGAUAGAACAAGUUUGAAAAUACUAAAACACGACGUUUUAUGAGCGAGUAAAAUUAAAAAUACUGAGCUAAUACGUCUAUUUACUGUUUGAGAGCAAGAAAGUGAAAUAACUAUUGUAUUUUGUUCUGAAUAUUUGGGAUUUGACAAGAUGUUGUUAAAGUUAAGUAAUUAGUGAUCGUGGGUUCUAGAUAGGUCACAGACAAAUUAAAAUUAGUAGAUACAUAGAAGAUGACGACGACGGGUGACUCUGAUUCGCCAGCGUCCUCUGAAGGGGACAGCAACGACAUGAACAAUUCACCUCCUCCGGCAGGAGGACCGUCGUCAACAUGGGGGCAGCAUUUGGGAGGGGCAGAAAAUGGUAGCAGUGGGCACGCGUCCCCGGUUGCCACACCCCUUUCUUCCAUCGCCAUGCUGGGGUUUGGAGUGGGGGGUCGUCCGAGUGCAAAGAGGGUCGAGGUCGACACUCAUCUCAUCCAAGUAGCCAACAUUGCUCCUGCAUCGACAAAAGAGCAGAUGCAAUCUCUCUUCGGCUAUAUUGGGAAAAUUGAUGAUUUGCGGCUAUAUCCAACAAUGGACAUUGGUACCCAGCACACGUCAAAGAUUUGUUUUGUUAAGUUCAGAGACACAACGUGUGUGGGUGUGGCCCAACAUUUAACAAAUACUGUUUUUGUUGACAGAGCUCUCAUUGUCAUUCCGUAUAGUGAAGGUGAAGCUCCAGAUGAGGCAAAGGGACUCGAGUUGCUAAAUAGUGGAUCUGUUUUACCUGGCGUUGCUGAUCCAAAAUUGCCACAACAUGUUACCAGUCAGUUGGAAGGAAUACCACCGCACCAGGUUGUGGUUACGUCAGAUCCAAAACUUGCAGAACUGCAGCUUCCUCCUUACCCUAACCUACCCCCGACGUAUGAUUCCAGAAGAAUAGAGGAAAUUAGACGAACAAUUAUGAUAGCAAACAUAGACCCAGAGAUAACUGGACACGAUUUACUAGAACUUUUUGGCAACGCUGGUGAGAUAAAGUAUCUCCGAAUGUGUACCAGAGACAAUGAUCCAAUACUCUAUGCUUUGGUGGAAUUCACGGAGCAACCUUCCGUUCUGUCAGCUCUUCAAUGCAAUGGGACAUUGAUGGGGACGAAACACAUUAAGGUUUAUCAUUCAACUCAGGCAAUUGUUAAGCCACAAGCCAAGACAAACGAAGCAGCACAAAAGGAAAUCGAAGAGGCCAUGACAAGACAGGCUCAAAAUCUAAUAACUCAAGGAUUGGAUAACAAUGGUAAUUCCAAAGAGAAACGACGAAGUGCCAGUCCUCCUCGUGGUCGUCAUACUGGUAGUCGUGUCGGACCACCAACAAGAAGGUCAAGAUCUAGAACUCGAAGUCCGCGUCGGCGAUCCGGAUCAAGAACAAGAACGAGGCGCCGAUCCAGAACCAGGAGUCGAAGCCCACGUAGAUCUCGUAGAAGCAGCAGAAGUCGGAGUCGCGGACGAGUUCUUCGCAGCCCUUGGCGUCACCGAAGUAGGAGUAGAAGCAAGGAAAGAAAGCGUAGCACCAGCAAAACUCGUAGAGUUAAGCGAUCCAGCUCAAAGGAUAGGGCGGAUAAACGAAGGGAAAAAGAAAAGAAAUCAAAACGAGAUAAGGACAAGGACAAAGAUAAGGAGAAAGAAAAAAGAUCGAAAGACGUGGAGCGGGAAAGUAAAGAUAAGGGCAAAGAGAAUGGAGUUAAAUUAUUAGAAGAACCUCCAAAAGAAGAAGCUGUCCGCGAGAGAGAUCGAGACCGAGGAGAUCGACAUAAAGAUCGUGAUCGUAAAAAAGAGAAAAGAAAAUCACAUUCAAAGUCUCCCAGCAGGGACAAACGUCGAUCCACAAGCCGGGAGAAAAGGAAACGUUCCAAGAGCAAGAAGAAGAAGCGCGGAGACGAUAGAGAAGACAGCGUUGAGAAUAAUCGUACCAGUAACAGUCCCAACAACAGCCUCGAUAAAGAAUCACUCGCCAUGGACGUGGAUUAGCUAUUUGUUCAGUUGGGUUUUUUUCUCUGAAAUCUGAAUGCUAUUGGGACGAUUAGGACGAUAUAGAAUUUUAUUCAUUUUUUGACUCAUGUUUAAUUGGACUGAUGUACUUUGCUUACACAUCCAUAUAAAUUUUCUCAUAGUCCAGAUAAAAUCUGCAUGAAUCGUAUUAUGUCACUUAAUUAUAUGGAUUAUUCUUUAUAUUUAAACUUCUGCAUAUUAAUUUCUGUAUGCAUACACCCACAGGUACUUGUAUUCCGAAAAUCACUUAAAUAAAUCAUCACAUUACAAUUUGCUUAA